AUGGUGAGCGAUAGUGAUGGCGGGUCAAAUGAUGACUCACGCACAGCAAAUGUCGCUGCGCAAGCAAGUUCUCAUGCCAGUGCCAAAUCCUCUGCCUCGAACUCACCUUUGAAACCAAAGCGCAAGAGAGCCCGCAAACGCGAGAAGAAGCGGCUGGCGAAGUUGGCUCUGUCAGCAGGUGCCACUCUCUCCGAGUCUGCUGCUUAUCUUGAUCCCUCUGCCGCUACUAACGUAGAUGAUCCUUCCGCAAAAGAUACGCCCCAAGACAGCCCACAAUCUGCCAACAUGGCUUCAAGUUUUGGGAAGAACCGCUUAGCAUCAGGUUUUGCGCCGCGUCAGACUGCAGUAGACAACACUGCGACGAUUGUAGCGCAAGUACAAGUACCCAACAACAACACCUCCACAGACUCACCGAGUAACAACGAACCCAUCGAGAUCUCGUCCUCGGACGAAUCUUCCUCAGUGUCGGAUAACGAGGAUGGCGGCAUGAUUGUCAACAUUGACGCCGCCAAACCAAAGAUGUUGCAGAGUCGCCAGGCACAAAUUCAGGGCGAGCAUGUCAACACAGCCAUUCCUCCGCCACCUCCACUGUCUCAAGCGCCUCCACCUCCGCCACCACCUCAGUCAUCUGGUUUGAGGCUAGAAGAUCUCGAUAACGACGAGCUGGAGGACCAGAUCCGCGGUGAAUCGUCCGAAGAUGGAGAGUUCAUACGUCCAACGGUGAAGGCACCUGGAGCCACCACAAGACGUGUACCCGAUUUUCAGUUCGGGCCGACACGCGAACAGCCACGAUUUGGAGACCUACCAAACAAUGGCGAUGCUCGAGGGCGGUCAUCGUGGUACGCCACGGACUCUUUUGGCGCACGCCGUUCUCGAUCACCGAAGAAUGCUGCCAGCGAUCGUUACCGGCCAGGACUUGACAGACAGCGGUCGCCUCGAAGAUUCGAUUCUGGAUAUCAGAACAGACCACCAUCUCCACCUCGAAGAGGUCCCCCUCCACCUGCUUACGACUCCUACAAUUCGUACCGACCCGACGAUCGCUCGUACCCUCCCUCUUACCACAACAGCGGCUACAACAGCAGGCCCGCCUCACCAGACCGGGACCAGCCACAGUGGCCGACCAUGACCUUGCCAACCAGGAAAGGCUCAAAUCCAAACCUCAACCCGCUUGCUAGUAGGGUCUCGGCCCCAAACUCGAAUUCGAAUGCCUCGUCAGCUGGUCCUUCUAAGAAGAAAAAGAAGACCCGAGCAAAAUCACAGAAAUUCGAUAAUGCUGGCUAG